AUGUUAUCAUUAGAACAAAUAAUUCAAAAAGAAAAAGAAGUUAAAGGAAAAAGAUUUAACUCUGAUUUAGUUAGAUUUAAUGUAUUUAAAGAUACAAUGGAAAGAUGGUUAGAAUUUCAUCAACAACAAAAAAAAGAAAUAAUGAAUAUAAAAUAUUAUUGGUAUUUUGUAGUAAAAAAUAGUAGUUGGAUUAGUGAACUUAAUCCUUCUACUUUAGACUAUGAAGUAUUAGAAUAUCUUACUGAUAUUAGUAUUUCUAAUAUUCAUUCUAAAAUUGUUCCUCAUACUAUUUUGCCUGAAGAGCAAACAUUAUUAAUUGGCUAUACAUUAUCAUUUGAAUUUAAACAAAACCCUUAUAUGAAUAAAACCUUUUUAACAAAAGAAAUAACAUAUAAUAUUAAUGAAACUAAUUAUCCAACAUGUACAAUUGUUAAUUCUGGAACAGAAAUGACAGAUUUGUAUUAUGAUAAGCUUAAAAAGAAUAAAUCAUUUUUUGAUUUCUUCGAAAUUUUUGAUGAUGAUGUAAUGGAAGAGAUUGCACUAGUUGAUAUGAAAAUUUGUAAGAAAAUAGUAAAAGAAACUCUUACAUUUUCAUACCAAUACUUUGAAAGACUAAACGAAGAAAGUAUCUCAGAAGAAGAUGAUUAUGGUGAAGAAGAUGAUGACUAUUAUUAUGACGAUGAUGAUUAUUAUUAUAAUGAUGAAUAA